UUGGAAGGGGGGUAUCGAUAAUCCAGCAAUCACUUCUGAUCAGGAGCCGGAUGAAAGAAAGACAAAGAAAAAGCCACCUAAAGUGAAAGAAGACAAGAAGAAAAAGAAGACCAAGCCUUUUAACCCACCGACACGGCGGAACUGGGAGAGCAAUUAUUUUGGCAAGCCCCUUCAGGACCUGGUGACUCCAGAGAAGCCUAUUCCAGUCUUUGUAAAGAAAUGUGUGGACUUCAUUGAGGACUCAGGACUGGGUACAGAAGGUCUGUAUCGUGUGAGUGGCUACAAGACGGACCAAGAUAAUAUUCAGAAACAGUUUGAUCCAGAUAACAAUUUAAACUUGGCUUCAAUGGAGGUGAAUGUGAAUGCUGUGGCUGGUGCUCUGAAGGCAUUCUUUUCAGACCUGCCGGCACCUCUGAUAUCAUAUGUUCAUCACCCAGAUCUUCUGGAAGCUUCAAAAAUCCCAGACAAGAUGGAGAGGCUUCAUGUUUUGAAAGAUAUUUUGCGGGCUUUUCCUCCUGUCAACUUUGAAGUCUUAAAAUAUAUUAUAUCUCAUCUGAACAGGGUCAGUCAACACAAUAAAACCAACCUUAUGACUGCUGACAACCUUUCCAUCUGCUUCUGGCCUACCCUUAUGCGCCCGGAUUUCGAAAACAAGGAGUUCUUCUCGACCACUAAGAACCACCAAUCUGUCAUAGAAACAUUUAUUCAGCAGUGCCAGUUUUUCUUUUUUGAUGGCGAUGUGGUCGAUUCUCCAAGCGUUACCAGUUCUCCGUCAGCACAGCACGGCAGUCCAGGACAACUAGCAACACCUCUAGUCCCUCUGCAGUUCCCUCCUCCACUUCAGCCACAGCUACUACAGCCCACGCUGCAAGCUGACUCUUAGGGCAUCAUAUAAAUGGGCACGACUGUACUGUACUUUAUUUAAUAACCCCAGGUCCUUACUGACAGACCAUAACACAGGAGAAAAA